GGCAGAGGCGAUAGGCUGGACCCGGCCGUAUCCGAGUGGUGCCCGUAGCGUCGUCCACAUGCCAUCUGCACGAGCGGCUUAUCACUCUAUUUCAAGAAAAACUCACCUGACUGACUCCGCUACCCCUGAGGCAUGUUGUGUUAAAGAAACACCUAUGCAGGUGGAUCCUACACUAAUGAAUGUAGGGGAUGGAGGCACGGUGAGCAGAGAGAUCAGUGCUCCUAAUAAAGCGUCUGCUAGUAUGGUGGGAAAUCCCCCCCAGACGCUACCCCCUGAGUUCAGAGGAGAUGUUACCCUCAGUCAGCAAAACAAGACGACUCCAACAACAGACUGUAAGACAGCGAAAACCUGCCUGGACACUAGCAAUUACAACCACAGCCCUGAGCUUUCUCUGCCUCAACAGCCCAACAAUGCACCAACGUCCGGCUCUGAGAAGAAAGCAGACAAAAGGGCAGAGGCUCCUAAACUCAAGGCUGAUGGUGCUGGGGUCUUCCCCUCUCCUCAUAGGUUAAGUGGCGUGAAACUCGUCCGGGAGGACUCACUCAACCCCUGUCACAGCAAUGUGACAUCCAGUAAGAAAUCUCACCCGCAAACACAAUCUGUUCAAAGUGUUCCCCCUGGGUUUCAGUGCUCCACCAUGUUUAAACAGGUCCAGCCUGUUGCCUUCCUUCCCUCGACUAAUUUUCCCUCCCCACUUUGUAAAAUUACUCUUCCACCAGCAUUGGGUCAGAUAGCAGCAUUGAGAGAAGCCACAUCAAACCAGUUUCAGAAAGAAAUUCAGCCUCAAAGCUCAGGUGUUGCAGGGACACCUCUCAUGCGGACCUAUCCCUUUCUGUUCUCGGUGGGCCGGACUCCAGCUGCAGAGAAAAAAGUCGGAACAUUGUCAUCCAAACUUAAAUCUAACCAUUCAUCCACUAAAAACGCCAAAUCUGUGGGAGAGCAUAAGUCUUUGGCCUCAGUGGUGGCCUCACCAGCUAUUGCCCUACCCUUGCAGCACCCGUCAUUAACUCCUGCAGCACCCACCCUCUACACACUGUCUCCCACUGCUGCCAUUUGCUGUGGCUCUGCACUGGCCAGCAUCACCUCUCAGAGCCGACUGCUGAACCAUGUGGAGAAAGGCAACAGCAUAGACAAGACUACCAUGGGCUCUCUUAAAACGACGCCUCCCUCAGCUUCGGAGGACCACACAGCUUGUUCUGUUGAACCAAGGGAUGUACCUCUUGAUCUAUCUGCUAAAUCAAAACGUCCAAAAUGCAUAAAUGACCCUCCAGUCACUAUGAUUGAGCCUCAUAAUAAUGAAUCAAAUCAGAGAGAUUUUCUAAACUCAAAUAGGACUCAUUCUACAAAUUAUAACUCAGCUGUGCAAUACCCUAUCUUACCCAACACCCACAGAAAUGGAUCUCAUCAAAAGCAAAUAAGUAGGCCUCCGAAUCACCAGGUCCCAGAACCCAAACCAGCCUGGAGUAAAGGAUCUUCACAAGACUCCAUAAAAAACAUCCCCGGGACUUAUGUAGGUGUGGCCAGCCCCAUACUGGCUUCUACUCUACGGGGCAAAGACGGAAAGGGGGCUUUUGCUGAUGAAUUUCCAUCUUUUGCAAAGCAGGAGUUUAUAUCUAUAAUUGACCAAGGAGAGCAUCUGGCCUCAGUAGGAAAGAAGCCAUCCUGUAUGAUGAAGGGCAACCAACAUGCGCACAGCACCAAGCAUGUUAAAAACACCAGCACAGCCAUAACUAAGAACUGUCCCUCUAAAGGAGCCCUCACCACUGCUCUGUCCAGCUCUACCAGUGCUCAGACUCCUCAGAAAGCUGGCAAAUCAGCGGUGCCAUUCUCCAACACUGUCGUCAGCCCGGCUUGGCCGCAGCCAACUCCUCUUCCACACCAACCCUCGUCUGCUCAGAGAAAGAUCACACAAGGAUCUCCGAAAACAAAAGGCACCACAGCUUCGGAAAGAUCCAAAUUUCAGAACGCCCAUCACAGCCCGUCCAAACCUGAGGAUGAUAAGUGGGAGAGAAUGAAGUCUCCCCUGUCUAACCUCGUGUCCAUCGUAAAGCAGCAAACUCUCGAAACGACGGCACCAACAGGUGAGGGUGUUACUCAACUCUCACCUGUUGCAUCAAGAAAGGCUGAUGUUUUGAAUCCACUCUCUGGGAGCCAUGACACCCAAUCUAAACACACUUUUGAAUACCCACCAUACUGGUCUGCUGAAGAGUGGACUGGUGUGCCAUCUCAAGGGGAUUCAACUCAAGCUAUAAAGAGACACGAGAAGGCAAAUGCCACAGAGUGUUUGGACAAUAAUACUGAGUUAAACAGCAGCAAAGGAGAACAUGUAGGACUGCAAGCGAAGCAAAGCCCCUCAAAGCCUGCUGGCAAGUCUCAUCUCUUUGGGAGCAAAGCAUCAACAAAUGGGAACAGGAUGGAGAGCAAACUGGCCCAGGUGUUAGAGGGGGAAAUGUUGAAGAGAGAAAGUGGGGCGUCGGACAGUCCUCCCAGAGCAAAAUUGGAGGGCAUGGUUGCAUCCAUUCUUACAGGCCAGUGUGCGGCGGGAGGCGACAAGUUUGAGAAGAAAACAAACGGAACCAAAGAGGAGUCGCCAACCAAAGCAAAAUCUUCUGCGGCCAAACAAAAGAAAACCAGUCCUAAGAAGCCAGAAAAAGAGAAGGCGGCAACGGACUCAUCAAAAAAGGCUGCAGCAAAGAAAAAACAAGACGCAAAAAUCACUCCAUCCAAAGUGUCUUGUCAAAAAAAGCAGAAGAAACAAUGUGCACCUGCGCUGGAGCAGAGUCUUUCGGCGGGGACACUUUCUCCACCGAGUAAAGAGCCGACUCUGAGGGUCAAUAUCAGUCCCAACAAGGCCGAUCCACCAGCACGCAACAAACCAGUUGCAGAUAGCGGCGGUGGUGUUCAGAGUGUGGAGACUCCGGUGUCUCUCAAUCGCUCGGCUGUAUCCGGUAAAGAGUCCGACUCUACUGGAAGCUCCUUCACAAGACUGAGGAGAGGACGACGGCGAGCUGAUGAGGCUCGACUCGACCUCUGGGGCUUUGCUACGCCUUCCCCUCCCCCCCCACAAAUGCCUCCUCCCCCGAGUUCCCCGUCACCACCUGUGACUCCCGUGCAACCCGCCCGCCGUCCGAGAGGAAGGCCCCGCUCCAACCCCCUGCCCGAGAGAGUGUGUCAGAGCAAGGGGAAGAUGGCCAGUGCAGAGUGUGACACGCCUGCUUCUAAGAAACGCCGGCGAUGUCGUAGCAAAAAGUAUCAGACUGGGGAUUACAUCACUGACAAAGACAAGCUGGAAGACGGAGAGCACCUCGAGGAAUCUGACAGCGGGUUCCCAGCAGGCCAGAGUAGCUGGAGUGAGUCAACAUCAACAAAAAGACAUAUCUGAGAAGAGAUCAGGACGAACAGAAAGAGGAAAAGAGAGUACACUGAAGAGACCAGGAGGAAGAGGAGGAGAUGAAGAGACCAGGAGGGUC